AUGAAUAAUUCCCUGCAGUAUCUAGCCUACCCUGUAAUUGUCUCUAAUCACAGGCAGAGCACAGACUUUGGGAAGAAACUGGACUUCAGCCAUUACAUAUCUCACAAGAAUAGGAUAGAGAUAGUGAAACCUGCUGUCGAUACCAAACCUCCAGUGACACGCACACAUCACAUUUUAAAGCUGGGCAAACUACAGGGUGAACAAAAGAGAAUCAACAAAAUCGAGCAUGAAAACAAGCAACUGUGUCAGAAAAUUGCGAAUGCCCAUCGCGGCCCUGCCAAGGUGGAUUGCUGGAAUGAGUACUUCUCCAAAAGGUAUCAAGACGUUAUAUCAAAAAUACAACAAAGUAUCUUUUCUACCAAGCUGGAUAGGUUACUCCCCACAGAACAGACACAAGAGAAGGCCCUAGGAUUUCUUAGCUGCUUGGAAUCUCAAGACACUCCUAAAUGGCUGCGUGCUCAAUCCUAGGGAUGCUACAAUAAAGCUUGAAACACAAAAU